GUAAGGCAAGGUAUUUCUCGUUAAAUGUAUAUGCAGCAGAAAAAUUGAAUAAUGAAAAUCAAAAUCAUCCGCAUUUUACGUUUGAGUACAACAUGAAUGCAAACCGAUUGAAAUAGCGGGUUAGGCGGUCCAUCGUCUGAGGCAUCUGAAAGUCCUGAUUUUACUGAGAGAACUUGCAGUGCAUGUGAUUUUACAAAUUUCAGUAGUGAGUAUCGUCUCCCAUAGAAUCUUAGGUGCGUUUGAAUUAUCUUAGACUUAACUGAGCAUUCUUUGCAAUGAAUGUGGUAGUCUGCAUAAUAUAUGUAAUGGAUUGAUUGGGAAUUAAGCAUAAGUUGUUAAAUUGAUGAUUAUUUUUAGUUUACGGCAUAAUUGCAUUAGUUUUCUUUAAUGGGUCGUCUCUAAUCAGUUGCCUGGGGUUGUAUUCUUUCACGGGUCUGUAAUGCUUCGAAGAAUUAUACAGUAGUUUUACAGAUCUGCAAAAAAUAAGUAUAUCUAUAUAGCGCUGGGAGGAGAAAACCCCAAUUUCUGGACAAGUAAAGCAUGAGUCAUUAACAUUCUCUGUAUUUAUCUAGAGAUAGGUCUCCACGGUGGUUCGGUGAAUGACUUGGCACGGUAAAGCUGGUCCAGAAGAUCAGCGACCCUGGCAAGUGGGUAAGGGUUAUUAGAUUGAUCAACUGAUAGAUGUAUGCAAACCACGUCGGACAGGAAAAUGCAACCCAAGAAAAUGGCCUUGUGGCUUGUGUUCCUGAUCUCAGCAUUGGUUAUGGUAUAUUCUUUGGCCUUUCUUCAAAUUUCCGAUCGGUCUCUGAUUGGGGAUCGGUAUUCAUCAUUCUUAGAUCCCAAAUUGAGAGUUGUGUAUGAUGAUGGAAACCCUCUGUAUGGGAGUCUAGAUGACAUGCAGUCAUCUUCGAUUUCUUCUGCUGAAUUGCAAUCUGAGAAUGAGAAUUGGAGCUUGACAGGUUCUGAAUCAGACAGUAGUAAUCAGUGUGACCCCCAAAAAGCAGCAUUGAAAGUUUAUAUGUACAAUCUGCCACCUGAAUUUCAUUUUGGCAUGCUGGAGUGGAAACCCGAAAGUAGUGUGUGGCCAACAAAUCUUACCCAAAUUCCUCGGUAUCCAGGUGGGCUCAAUUUACAACACAGUCCAGAGUACUGGCUCACUAUGGAUCUGCUGUCUUCAAACAUGCCUGGUAGAAGCACUCCGUGUACUGCUUGGAGAGUUGAAAGGGCCAGGGACGCUGAUGUUUUUUUUGUGCCAUUUUUUUCUUCCUUGAGUUACAAUAGGCAUUCAAAAGUUGAGCCUCAUGAGAGAAAGAGCAGAAACGAAAUUUUACAGGAUAAAUUGGUACAUUUCUUGAUGGGACAGGAAGCUUGGAGAAGGUCAGGAGGAAAGAAUCAUGUGAUAGUUAUGCAUCAUCCAAAUAGCAUGUCAAUAGCAAGGGGGCAGCUUAGGUCUGCAAUGUUCAUUGUUUCUGAUUUUGGCCGAUAUUCUCCAUUGAUUGGCAAUGUAGAAAAGGACAUUGUGGCUCCAUACAAGCAUGUUGUCCGGUCCUUCACAGACGAUUCUUCAUCAUUUGAAAGCCGAACAACACUCCUUUUCUUUCAAGGGGCCAUUUUCAGGAAGGACGGUGGAUUUAUUCGGCAAGAGCUUUAUGCUCUUCUCAAGAAUGAAAAAGGAGUGUACUUUACUUCUGGGAAUACACAGAGUGAUGGGAUAAGAAAAGCAACUCAAGGCAUGAGGUCCUCAAAGUUUUGUCUAAACAUUGCAGGGGAUACACCCUCCUCCAAUCGACUAUUUGAUGCAAUUGCUAGUCAUUGUGUUCCUGUUAUUAUCAGUGAUGAGAUUGAACUCCCUUAUGAAGAUAAGCUUGAUUACUCAGAGUUUUGCAUUUUUGUACAAUCUGACGAUGCUAGGAAGAAAGGAUUUUUGAUAAAUCUUCUUAAUAGUAUUAAAAGGGAAGAAUGGACUAGCAUGUGGCGGAGAUUGAAGGAAGUCGGCCAUCAUUUUGAGUAUCAAUAUCCAACUCAGCCAGACGAUGCUGUACACAUGAUUUGGAAAGCAGUUGCGCGAAAGCUACCUUCUAUUAAGCUCUCUCUUCACAAAGGAAAGCGGUAUAGCAGAUCAUGGCUUGCCAAGCAGAGCAAAUCAUUUUUCAGUCUACAAAAGCUUGUUAGAGGGUAACCUUGAUUCCACCAUAAUUUGGGUAAGUUACAUGUACAUUUUGGAAUGCACGAUAGAAAGAUAUUGUCACAUUCGUUCUAUGAUAACACUGUAAAUCUAGUGUUUAAGAUGGAAAUCGCACUGGUGGAAAAGGUUGAUAAUUAUUUUGGAAAUGGUGUUUUACUUGUACUGAAAGUCAUUGUUAAUGUUUUCUUGUGCGUUGUCAAGAAAAUAAAUGUGUAAGGAAAGGACAAAAUUUAUAGAAAAAUAAAUUCAUUUAUCCAACCAUAUUUUGGAAGAA